AUGGAGAAGAGAUCAGAGAGGGACAAUCACAUCACUGGAGCAACAAAGGAAAAGUCUUACAUGCUGAAACUGUACGCCGAGCCGCGAGAGGAGCCCGCGGGUCGUCUAUCACGGCCGCAGAGGAAUAGUUCAAAGCCCAAAGCAGAUUUCCGGACUUGCAGAAACAGAAAGAAGGGAGGGCCGGUGGUUGCUAGCUCUCCCGGACAGGAGAGGUACAGAGAGCAGGGAGCAGAGGAGGCGCGCAAGCACCGACCGGUCACCGCUCCAAUUACCUCAUCGCUCCAACUCCCCACCCCUCUCAAACCUGGAAGGAGCACCACCCCCGGGGGCCAAGGCCUGCGUUACCCCCCUUCUGCUCCCAGUGGCGGAGCCGUACAGGACCUGUUUCACUGCAGGGGGAUCCAAAAACAAGCCCCGUGGAGCAGCAGCCAGACCAACAGCAGCCGCAAGACAUUGUUUCUCUCCCUCUGUACCCCCUUCCCCACGCAACCCCAGAUCCAUUUACACUUUACAGAGCAUCGUGCAACAGCAAGUCACCAGGGUGGUUCAUUCGUGCUGCAGAUUUGCCUGCCAUCCUUGGCCCCCAGUCACCUGCUCCACUAUCACUGCGGGGAAGAGCGUCACAUGUCAGGUCACAGAACAGAAAGUGCUGGCGGACAUCUCUUCUUGCCCCAGGAUCUUCGUUGGAAGUCCUCCAGACUUGGUGUCUUAAUGAACUUGCCAGGAGGCAUAAUGUGUCACCAUUUUAUUGUGGGCCACCCUAAAGGAUGACACCCAGCUUCGAAUACCUCCUGUUGGACGUCGUCCCCUGAGAGCCAGUGCUUUAACUCUCUCCCAUUGUCCCGAGCCUGUUUCCAACUGGUUUUGAGCUGGUGCAGGCUUAGUCAUUCGUGGCCCGGACCUGGUUGAAUGUUCUGCCUGAUCAGUUUGUAGCCACUCACCUUUUGUCACUUGCUGAACAGCACUUCCUUCUCGGGCUCUCGGGGAGUCUUUGCACCGACCCGCUAGAAACAAGGCACCAAUCCAUUCUUUCCAUCUUGGCGGCUGCCCACAGCCAUAUCCCGGGGUGACCUGGAGUAGAACAGUGGAGGAUAAAUUAAUUCAUCCUGCACAGACUUGUUUCUGCUAGUUCUAGCCUGUCUCUCGCCCCAGCUCCAGCUUUUAAAUAUGCCAGUGAUUGGUUUUGUGUAGGAAUGUGUGGAUUGUUGGAUUGGAAGAAUUCUCUCCCUGGAUUUCUAGUGUUUACAUAAGCAGAUAUUUAAAAAAUGUUCUAUCCCUGAUUUAAAUAGCAGGGCUUAUUUUUUAAAAAAAAGUUAUGGGCGCCUGAAGGCAUACAGAAUAAAAGCAUAAGUUUUGGUUUUUCUUUCUUCCAAGUUGUAACGAAACCAAAAGGUGUAUAGUAAUGUUUUGUCAGUAAAGGGUCAAAACAGAAAGUUUGCAACAGUGACAAACUAGAAAAGAACAAGUGUGAAGAGAGGCUGACAAAUAUAUGCCCCUUGUUGGGAGUUUAGCCCAUGGAAUGUUAUGUAGGACAAAAGGAAUGGAAGAGAUAUUUCAGUAACAUUUUGUUCUCUGUCAAAAACCUUCUGAAAUAUAAAUCUGCUGUGUAUUGGAGAACGGAGACAGCAAUUGAUUGGAGUUGAAUGGCUUUCCUUUAAGUAGAGUAUCCCACAGAAAGCAGUUCUUGUUCUGACAACCAUAUUUUUCGCUUUCUUUGUCCUAGCAAAAAUUGGAUUCCUAUGUACAUAUCUUGUAGGAUUGUUUUAUGGACAAAGAUAUAGGUCAAAUCCCUUCACAGUGGCUAGUGUUAUGGCAAAUAGAAAUAUUUCUAAAUGAAGCACAAACAUUUCUAAGCCACAGCCUGGGUGUGCAGUAAUAAUGCUAAGUUGGUAAUAUGAAGCCAUUUGCAACUAUAAAUAAUUCAGUUGUAGAUGUGCUUUAAAAAAAAACUGUUUUAUUUUAAUUCUAGUCUCUUGCCGACACACACACCCAUACAUGUAGCUCACCUAUUUGUGUAGUAGAGGAGAAAUAGGAAUAUAUAUAUAUAUACAUACAUACAUACAUAUAUAGUGAUAGAAGUCAACUUUAUUUUGGUCUGUCUGGAACAGAUUACCUUUUUCUCCUCAUGCUGGCUUCUGUAAUUGCCUCCAACUGCUAAACUUGGGUAAUUACCCACAAAUAUGAAUGUAUCUUUCUAGGGGUCUUGCCACAUCAACCAACCCAGCCGAAAGCUAGUAGUGAGGGUUAGUGGUGUAAGGAGCUAAGCUUCAAAAGUAAGGGUCCCUGGGCUGGGGAUUUAGCUUAGUGGUGCUGCCACCUGCCUAGCAAGUGGGAGAUCCUGAGUUCGAUCUCAGUACCCGCCCCCCAAAAAAAGGAAAAAAAAAAAAGGGUCCCUUGCAAGGGAUGCUCUGAUUUGAUUCUCCAUUGUGCACCCCCACAGGAGGAAGGAGAUGCUUUUUUUUUUUUUUUUUUGGUUUUAAAUCCCUCGAUCAAAGCAAGGCAUGGUCAUACCAGAGUUCAAGGCAGCCUGGGCAAUUUAGUGAGACCCUGUCUUUAAAAAUGGAGAGGGUGGACAUAAAGUGUAAUGCUCCCUGUGUUCAAUCCUCAGUACUGCAAGCAAAUAGACAGACAGACAGACAGAUAAAAAGAUCAUUCAUUCUGGCAUUGAUCCUGGCCUCAGAGUCCAGAAUCAAUGAGUUCAGUCGUAAUUUUUAGCAUUAACUAUUUUUUGAAUUAGCAAACCUUGCUUUAUUUUUAUGCCUAUGAGAGGACAACAGUUUCUUUUUCUUUUUAUUAAUUCAUGUUAAUUGUACACAUUCAUGGGUUUCUCUUGGGCAUUUCUACUCAUGCAUAUAUCUUGCCUUGCUCAUGCCCACCUUCCCUUCUCCCCGCUCCCCUCCCCAGGAGCUGGAGGACAUCAUGUUAAACAGAGUAAGCCGGACACAGGAAGACAUGCAUCAGGUGUUUUCUUUCAUAUAUGGAAACUAUGGAAAAAGAUCUGAAAGUAGGAAGGGAAGUAUUAGGGAGUAGGAAGCAUUAACUCCUGAAAUAUUUUGGCUCUCUGUACAUUAUGAUUCAGUUCACUCUGAGGUUCCGCAGAUACUUUAAGGCUAAAAUACAGAAUAUCCUUUUUUUUUUUUUUUUUUUUUUUUAAUGUGAGGGUCUUUAACUAUGUUGCUCUGUCUAGUUUAAGAUUCCUGGGAUCAAGUGAUCCUCCUGUUUCAGCCUCAUAAGCAACUGGGAGUACAGCUGCAAGCCCUCAUACCUGCCUUAUAGAUAUAGUUAGCUUAAAGUUACAAGGUUGACAAUCAAGAGAAAGCUCUUCUAGGAAUAAAGGCCCCUUAAGUUUUAACCUUCUCCUACCUUCAAAGUUCUUGUCUGCCUGCCUGAUCUUUUAUUUCCUCUCUGUUUAUACUAAUUUGUACUUGUGUUUAUUGUUUUCGUAUUAAAAAACUACUUGAAAAGAAUUCACAGCCCUUAUAAAUAAGAGAGUUUCAACCUAUUCAUCCUUCUUACCUUGGCUGUCUUUUCUUGUUGCCUGGCCACUUCUUCCCUCUCCUCUUCUCUUCUGGGAUUUCAUUGCUCAGCAUUUCCAGUGUGUGAUUCUGGAUAUGAUGGUUUUGAGCUUCCGGACCAACGUCUCUUUGCAGCUGAGUCCAUUUCCUGAGUUCAGAGCUGUUGGCAUAUUCCAAUCACCACACCUACUGAAAACUGAAACUUGUUGCCCCCAGAUCAGGCCUUAAACACCAUUCAUUUCUUCCUCUCUAUUUCUCAAUCUACUGCUGUUUCCUAGUGAUGAAAAUCUGCUUGUCACUAAGAACUUCAUUUUGAUGUCACUUACUAAAGACCUCUUGGAUUUUUCUAUCCUCUUGAUAUGUUUCACUUCUUCACGCUACAACGACCAUCAACAAGUCUUUGACAAAUUAGCUGUCCCUACAUGUGGUUUACAAUAUUAGACUUGCUGUUUAAAAAUAAUUAAGCUUCUCUCUGUGUUUUUUUGCUGUGGGUCAAGAACUUUGCUUGCUUUGACUUCCAACACAGAAGUUAAUCACAAACGGGUCCUCUUAACCAUAUAAUUAAAAAUAGAGCAAAGUUUCUGAACCUAGGCAGUUGGCACAAAAGUCCUCACUUCCAUCUGUGCAUGGUUAGGAAAAUAUUUCAUGAUAUUUAAAUAGCAUUAGCUUUGCUCUCUUGUGUGAGUAUGUCUGUGAGUUUGUGUGUAAUUCAUUGCUCUGGAGGUUUAUUUGAGUGUUAGCAAAUCUUUUUUUUUAAGUCAUUGGCAAGGAAACAGGAAAGCAAAUCCAGGUGUUUUGGGCCUGCUUUCUUUAUUUGCUAGCUUCUGUGAAGGAACACUGGUCGGCUCUUGCUUUUCUCUUUGACUCAAAGUUUUCCUUCUACGUGUGGCUCAGAAAAUGAAAGAGCAUACAUUUUGAUUUUCAAAUCUUUGUGUCUUUUGAUUUAUCACAUACAAGUCACCUUUGAUGAAGUUUUUUUAGCAGCUGUUCUUAUAGAUACAAAGUGCUGAUAAAUCUGUUUCAACUUGGAAUGUGGCAGAUUAGGAUUUUUGCUCUCUGCUUUUUGUUGUCACUUUUUUUUUUUGGUACCAGGGAUCGAACUCAGGACCUUGCGCUUGUGAGGCAGAUGGCAGCACCACUGAGCUAAAUCCCUGGCCAGAGUUUUUGCUCUCUGGAAAGGGGACUAAUGCCUAGAAUAUGCAGCAGACUCAUAAACACUUUGUGACUUAAAUACAUACACGCGAGAGACUGGAUUGGAGAGGAAUUUAAUCCUUCAACUUGGACUGUCCUUUGUUCUUAUAGGUAAUCAGUAUCUCCUAAAAUAUAUUCACUAGUUCUGUAGCUCUGAUAGGAUUUUAAAAUGC